AUGGCUGUGAGCGGUUUUGCUUCCUCCAUAUUGAAUAAAAUUCAUGAAAUUGUUAGCGGUGGCGCAGUUUCUAUUUUGCACAGUUACAAUGGACGAGCUGAUACGAUGGCUGGACCUUCCAACAUGAUGCAAAUUCAGGAUCGUCGGCUGGUUGAAAAAACGUUUAAAUUGAUGGAUACUGUUGUCAAGCACUGUCAACAGCCGCGUCUAAAUCUUAAAAAUUCACCACCUUUUAUACUUGAUAUACUCCCCGACACUUAUCAUCAGUUAUCUACCAUCAUAUCCAAGAACCCAAAUGUGCUGAAAGACAAUACAUAUUUAGUAUUAUUCCUGGAGAACGUGCAGUCAAAAUGCAAGCAGACGAUGAAAUUAUUCAAAGAAGAUCGUGAAAGGAUUUACGAUGAAAGAUCAGCAGCACGACGUAAUCUUACCAAACUUUCACUGAUCUUUUCGCACAUGCUAGCAGAGCUUAAAGCUGAAUUUCCGGAUGGACAUUUUAUUGGUGAAAACUUUCGUAUCACCAAAAAAGAAGCGGAUGCAUUUUGGAAGGAAUCAUUUGGCAUCAAGACUACCGUACCAUGGUUCGAAUUUCGAAUUGCAUUAAGCAAAGUUCAUAGACUUAAUACCGGUUUAGAAACUCUUGCUUUGAAGACUACCAUUGACCUUACCGUUAAUGAGCAUAUUUCGAAUUUUGAAUUCGACGUAUUUACAAGACUUUUCCAACCGUGGAAUACACUGUUGCACAAUUGGCAGCUACUUGCAGUAACUCAUCCCGGAUAUGUUGCCUUUCUGACAUAUGAUGAAGUGAAACAAAAGCUUCAGAAAUAUAGUAACAAGCCUGGAAGCUAUGUGUUCCGCCUGAGCUGUACACGUCUUGGACAGUGGGCUGUUGGUUAUGUUGCUCCUGAUGGUAAAAUUUACCAAACAAUACCACAAAAUAAGUCACUCAUACAAGCUUUGGUUGAUGGAAGUCGAGAAGGAUUUUAUCGUUUUCCGGAUGGAAGACCAACCAACCCAGACUUAAGUCAUGCCUUGCAGCCAAGUCCGGAAGGUCGUGUUAAGGUGACUCCAGAGCAAUAUCAAAUUUAUUGUGAGAUGGGUACCACAUUUGAGAUGUGCAAAAUUUGUGCAGAAAAUAAUAAAAAUGUCAAGUUGGAACCAUGUGGCCACUUGCUUUGUACACCUUGUUUGCAGAGCUGGCAGGAAUCAGAUGGUGGUGGUACAUGUCCGUUCUGUCGCUGUGAGAUUAAAGGUACGGAGAGAAUCAUUAUCGAUUCAUUUGAUCCGAUAGGAGCUAAUAAAAAACUUGGUUAUGAAACGAUUAUUGAGAAAAGCACUGUUAAGAAUGUACGGCAGUCAUGGCCACCGAGGAAUGAAGCUGUGCCACCUCGACGAGCACCUCCAUUACCUCCUCGUUAUGAUUCAUCUUCAGCUGGCAAUAGUCCAUCUGUAACACACAAGCAGUUGAUCUUCGAUGUUCCUAUAGCAAGCAACAAUAACAUGUCAACACAUAAUGCGGGAAAACUUGAUCAAACUAGAAAUGAUGCUAUACCGAAUAGCAUUUCACAGUUGAAAGUGUUAGCACCAACAACGACAGAGGGGUCAUCAUAUGUGAAUGUGGUAACUUCCGGCGGGAAGUCGAACUAUGAGGGACUACAAUAUGUGAACACUGCUGUGAUUAAUGGUCAAACAUAG